AUGCCUAAUGUGUUACUCCCUGCUUCUGCCGCUGCCUUUUCGCCGCGGAAACCCCCCAUUGUGGUGCUGGAUACCAAGAUACCGUGGCUGAUGGCUACUUUGAAGCGAUUGAGCCGGCCCAGGCUUUGUCUGAGCAGUGUUCUAAGACAAAAAAACCGCCUGAUGGAGAUUUUGUCACCAGAGAAUGCUGUCUGGAUGCUAUGCUCGGUGAUAUUGCCCAAUGCUACCGAAAUGGGGCCGCAGAAUGAUGAGAGCGUGCAGGCGGAAGGUACGCUCAGCGUUCCGCCAAUCCACGUCAAGGCAUAUGUCGUAUAUGUUGACCUAGUUUGGCAGAAUGAGGUGGCAUUCAAGUUAACGCCUGAGACUAUCGACGCCCUGGUGGAGCGACAGUCAGCUCAGACUGCCGCCUAUAUAUUGGCCUGGCGAGGGAGUCAAGCUCAGCUGAAUGUCCGGCAAAACAAAUUCGUUCAGGCGAUCAAUAAGUUCACGUACCGGACCAACGCCAUGAACCUGGAGGGUCUGGAGAUGGAUGGCACUGGAGAGCUACUCCAUGAGCCCAGUGAGGCUGCUAAAGAGCAACUUCUUCGUCUUUACAUGGCAUCGAUGCCGUCAUCAUCCAUGGCACCAAUGUUGAGCUCAGCGCUUUCAUUGCCAGACGUGGUCACACCAAUGGCGUCCAACCCUCUUUAUUCGUCCGACUUUGUCAAAUCCUGGAGUAAUCGAUCUUCAAUUCUCCCCUCAAGUACAUCAAGCUUCUUCAAUCCCACACUUGGGGAUACUCUGGAUGUCGGCGCUACCAGAUAUCUCUCGAUGGAUUUUGGCAGCAGUCCAAUGUCUAUCCCCGUAUGUUACGUGGGAUCGGCCAGUUGCAUGUCCUCUCAGCUGCCAGCGGAUCGUCAAAUAAGCCACUGGGGGCGCUCCUUUCGCUGA